CCAUUGUCCAGGGCUAUUCAGGGAAGGGGCGUCUUCGAUCCGGAUUCUACCCCCACGAGCUUAUCUGAACAAAUGCAAGAAAGAAAUGAUUUCCAGUUUGUAAACAAACAUUUUACUUCAGAAGCAACUUGGUGGUGUAUCAAGGAACAUUCUUUCUGUGCGAGCUAAACGAUGAUAUUACUGUACGUAUAAAUGAAGCGAAAUUGUAGUCUCUUGGCGCCAAUCCCAGCUGGUAUAAAACGGGACUAAAUGAAACCUGUCGCCUGUGUGUCCUUUCAAGGAAGGUGUCAACUACAACACGAAGAAAUCUAGUGACAAACAGGGAAGCGAGUUCAUCAUGAAGAAGAUAGGACGUACGUCGAUAAAGCGUCGACUGCUGAUCCUCAUGGUGCUCAUCAACGGCGUCUUCCUCUACCUGAACGUCAAGUUCCUGACGAUUGACGACCUCAAGCAGUUCUCCGAGGAGCUCAGCGCCAACCUACGAAAGAUGCGGCUUCUAGAGCAAACUUAUACGGAGGAGUGGGACGCAAUAGAAAGAGAGAAACUUGCAGAAGCAGAAGCAGAAGGCGGUCAGGAGUUCGUCUGGGAGAAGGUUGAAAACCUCCAUCUGGCGUUGCCGGCGUACACGAAGAUGAGACACAUCUUAUCUCGACUUCAAGAUUUCCAGUUCCUGUUCUCGAAGAGAGUGAAACAGAUUAGGAUAUCGCAGGAGAUGCUGACUUUUAAGUCACUCUUGUGGAGAGGUGAUGUUCAACGACUGCAGGAUAUAUUUGUGGAUGUUCUUCAGACAAAUCGUAGCAUCAAGGUGGGACUCAUAGGCGGUUCGCUGUCAGGCCAGACCAUUUGCCCCGAUAGGUCUUGUCUCUUUAUUGAUCAUGUCAAGAAAUGGCUUGAGAAUAUCCUUCAGACGAGCGUCACUUUACACAAUGCUGCAAUCCCCUUCACCACCAGCGAUUACUUUGCUUGGUGCACAGAACCACAUCUGGAUGUGGAAAACAUGGACAUUGUUAUAUGGGAGUCAGCGACUGAUGACUACAUCAUGCGAUCUGAUAUUGAUAAACAGCGUUAUGACCAUGCCGCUCAACCGCAGGAACUUCUUACGCGUCAGCUGAAGGCACUUCCUACCAAACCAUUCUUGAUGUACGUCAAUUUUAUGUCACCUGAGAACAUCCGCAAUCGGGACUGCGUCAACUCGGAGUAUUACGCAGGGCGACAUCUCAGCAGUCAUUAUAACAUCACAUCCGUGAGCUGGUGUGCAGCUGUUUGUUCAAGUCUUUGGCAGCUUGGUUUUACACCAGAUGAACUCAUUCACUCAGGAGAAUUACUAAGCGAGAGGGCCCACGAACAGGCUGGGCUCUUUGUCAUUAACUUCCUGAAAGGCAUCCUAAAAUCUGUGACAGUUCAACACAUGAAUCGAAUCAGAACAAAUGGAACAUACCUUCAGAGACUAGUAGACCUACAUGAUGUUUUUAAGGCAAACUCAAAAGAUGUUCACUCGGGUGAGACACACCAACGACAGCAACCCGUUUUCAAUGCAAUUUGGAACAGAAAAACAGAAAGAGACAUUUCAAACGACAGUGUCGUGACAGGAAACGAGUUAGAUCCACUGAUGGCACUGAUGUCAACAGAAUUAAAUCCGAAACCUGAUGGUAAAAACUCAGUCUUGACAUCUUUGUACUUGAACAAAACGGACCAGCCCUUUUCAAGACCGGAACGCCAUCUGAACAAAAGAUCUCGAUUUCCUGCUAAAUGGAUCCACAACCCUAUGUGUUGGCCACUCUCACAACCUCAGUUCGUACCUGGUCGCAUGUUUUCUUUGUCAAGAAACGACGGUUGGGAUACAGGCAUCUCCGAAAAGGAGAACUGGUAUACCAGUACAAGUUCUCAGAAGACAAUCACAUUCUCCUUCGAGAUGGCGCCCUCUCUGUCGAACCGAACAUGUGUCCUUGCACUAGCAGUGAUGGCCUGUGACUACUGUGGUCAUGCCUUGGCAUGGCUGGACAAGGACUUUAAUAAGGCUGUCCUGGUUGUAGGCAAGUGGACCGGUCAUGCUAUCAGGGUCAUCGAGAUCAUGAGAGACGUCGCUCCUGGGAAACAUACUUUUAAUCUCAAGAGUUUGGAAAGCAGGCCUUUCAAACUAUCCGCAGUCAUGGUGGGUCAUAAAGACAAGACAAUGUUUUAGCGAAUAGAAUGUGAAUAUUCAUCCAUUAUACCAAGGGAUGCAUGUGAGUUGUUCUUGUGGCCGACUAUACUCUGCAUGUUCAACGACCCACGUCCCAGGGUUCUACCUAAGUCGUUUUUUUUUUGAUGGUGACGACAAAAGCCGGUCUCCUGACGUUCCUGAUCAGAGUUAAUUUAUACCCGUUUGUAGAAUAUGAUAGAACAUCCCUUAAAUCAAGGUAAACCAUCAUAAAGUAUUGGGCGCUAGAAAAAAACAUUGUGAAGAGAUUCACUAUUUUGAAAACACCCAAUAUCAAUUAACAUGAUCGCAACAAUCAAUAUAACAGCGGAGUUGAUUUCUUGAAAGUCUCGGUUUUGUUAAUAAGAAAAGCGGCUGUACCAUUUUAGAUUUCAACUGCGAGUAAUAUAAUACUUCAGUGUCUGUCACAAUAAACUUCUAGCAUUUUUGCUAUUUUGUUAUGACGCGUAUAAACAUUCAGAAUAUCGUUCAGUGAUCGUUCUUAAAUUCGAACAUCAGACACUUCUAAAUCCCCUCUAUCUCUCUUUGCUAAGAAAAUGCUUUCACGGAACUGACGUUAAAAAAAGGAGAACAUGGAUUUCAAAGUAACUCUAAGAAACAAAUCCCAGGGGUUGGUCGAGGAAAUGAGCUUACAGUCAUUUUAGAUAGAUGACUGGGAUUUCAAAGGUUCAAAACUGUCGGGAUCGUUAAGUGCUUUUGCCCUCUCAAAUUUGACAGAAGUUGUCAGAAAACGUUUUUUGUCGGAAAUCCCUCAGUAUGGGGUGACCUAUCGUAAGACAUGGGUUGAGCGGAGAGAGAUGACGGGGAAGAUUAGUAAAGUACUAUUGGCCCAUAUGCAGGGGAAAAUAUCUUAUUCGAUUAUAUAAUAAUACGUACUAUGUUGUAGGAACUCCAUGAAUGUAAUAGACUAAAAAAUGUUUAAGGUGGUGAAAAUGUAAUGGUAACAAAUCUGUGUUAUUGGUAAAAUAAAGUUAAAUGACUGGUAUGAAGAGCUAAAAUAGUUGUAAAGACGUUACUGUUCGCACUGAUAUGAAUCUCUUAGAAAGUCUUCCCUUAUAUUUUAUAAAAUUUCUUUUUACUUUAACGUAUGCUGACAAGAGAUUAAUUUUGAACUCGCUCUAAAGAAAGGAACAGGCACAUUGGUCUUUUUAGCGAAGUUAACGGUUAACCAUAUUCAGCAGUGCCAAAAUAAAAUAACAUAACGGUUUGUUUGUGGUGCCAAAACUUUGAAGCUGGGAUUUCGAUGCAUAAAGGCCAGUUUCAUAAUACUUCGAAGUACAACUGCAAUAAGACGCCAUUUUUAGUAUUGCUUUACUUCAAAACAAAGUUAUAAAUAACGUAGGAUAUCACAAAUAGUUAUCGUAAAGGCUCCUUUGUGUUUGGUAGAUACAAUUAUAUAUUUAUCAGAUGUUUGCUCUAUGAAGAUGCGUAGUCAAAGCCUAUGAAAAAAGGAUUCGGCGAGAUUUAUCGAUGCUACUAUUACUAUUGAUAUACAUAUUUGGAUCAGCUUAACGGUUUUUAAUAUUUUAAAUCUGUAAGUUUUCAUAUAUAGCUAGUGAUAGAUAAUACAUUUGAAAGACCGAGGUACGGUUUCAUAGAACUUGUUAUAAAUACUGAAAAACCUAAUAUUGAUACAAGCUUCUGAAAUCAUACGAUUUGAUUGGCUGUCAAGCAAAGGUGUCAUAGAUUUUUGGCAUUUGUUAUUUAUAACAUGUUUGGUGAAACCGGGCCCACAAUGUAAAAAUAGCAUCGUCGGUAGAUAUGAAGAUGUUAGAGUAAAAUGCAGAGACUGUUCUGUUAGCAGACGACAAAGGACUGGCGUCCUGAAUGAAAUUUGUUUCGACUGAAGUGGCGGGAGAUGAGAUAAGGACAUACCAUUUUCAACUCUUAUUUAAAAAAAACUAAUAUUUACAAAACAAUGCAAACAUCUCGAUUCAUUUAACCUCGCGACGUUUCGGUAGUUUGGCAACUUAGAGUGACUGAGUGACAUCAUGUCGUGAUGUUAAUAAAAUCGUGAUGUUUGAGGCAAGUUAGCAACUUACCAGCCAAUGAACUUCCACAUAGUGUAAAUAGACCUAAUGCAUCUUAUAAUAAAUGUGAAAGGGACUUUUUUUAUAAGGGGUAUAUUUUGUAGGUGCUUAUGGGUUUAGUUCUCCUUGCCAUCUUCUGUUGGGUUCAAUUAUGUUUUCUUUAUGUAUUACAAAAUGACUAGAUGCCUUUUAAAUUGAAUGACUGACAAAUAAAAACCUAUGUGUAUAUUGUAUGAAUAGAA